AUGGGGAAAUGGGAGAAGGGGGAAGGGGAGGAGGACAAGAGGACAGGAGGAGGACAAGAGGACAGGAGGAGGACAGGAGGACAGGAGGAGGACAAGAGGACGGGAGGAGGACAACAGGAAGGGAGGAGGACAACAGGACGGGAGGAGGACAACAGGACGGGAGGAGGACAACAGGACGGGAGGAGGACAACAGGACGGGAGGAGGACAACAGGACGGGAGGAGGACAACAGGACGGGAGGAGGACAACAGGACGGGAGGAGGACAACAGGACGGGAGGAGGACAACAGGACGGGAGGAGGACAACAGGACGGGAGGAGGACAACAGGACGGGAGGAGGACAACAGGACGGGAGGACGGGAGGAUGGGGCACAGAACACCAGACACAACAGUAG